AUAAUGCGUGAAACGGAACGCAACCCCGGUCUUUACCGCGGAUAUUGUAUGGCAACGCACGUUCUAGUUAGCAUAUAUUUCAAAGUACGAAGUACAAAAAACAUUGAAACAACAAAAUUAAUUUCGAUAGUGCCGUUCACAAUAAUACACAACAAGAACUAUUUGAAUCGUAUGUGUCAUACCGUCAGUUAACUACGUAAAAUAGUGCAAUAUCGAUUUGUCUGUUGAUUUGGACUAUGCGAUUAUAAAUUUUUCUGAUUUGACGAUAAAAUGAUAGACGAAUAUUGUCAACGUUAUACGUUCACGAACACUAUAGAUCCCUACAUAGAACCGCUUUUAAAGCGCGUCUGUAUGCACUCCGAAAGGCUUGGUAUUUCUUAUGGUGGGAUAAAAAUGAAUAGGAUACCGACAAAUAGCAACAGACCCAAGAGUAAUUGUUACAAGUUAACGAUUCCUUACGCUCAUGAAAAUCUUUCAUGGACUGUAUUAUUUGAUUCACAAUAUCCUGAGAUAGGUCCAGAUUUUAUAUUUAAUGAUCAGACUUUUUUAAUGGACCCAGAUAUUGAUACUUUGUCUACCAAGGUGCCUAGCCUUGUCAAGUGGGAUCCAACGAAUAGUGAUGCGUUACUCAAUGUUCUGGUUGAAUUAUUAAUGUAUUAUAAGGAACAUCAGAUAGAGUCUCUUGCACAACAAGGGGAUCGAUUGCAAUUUGAAUAUAGCACACUUGUUGGAGAAACGGAAUUACAUGUGGAUGAUGUAGAAGUAAUAUUGUUACCGCUGGGAGGCAAGCCCACAGAAGCAAGAUUUUUAAUUCGCAUAUCAAUGGAUUGUUGUUUACCUCCAUGUGUUGAUAAAUUACAUGACAAUGAAACGAUGCUUCAUAUUACUUUUUACGGACCAGAUUGGAACCGUAUCGUACCAAAACUCUUCUUAUCCAAAACAUUAGAAAAAUCUUUUGGUGGACCCGACACAUUACAUCUUCCACCAUUCCUACCAACAAACUAUCUCAUGGAUUAUGUUCCAGAAGUGAAAAAUUAUAUUGAGGAGAAGAUAAACGCCGUAGUUGAGUGUUUUGAUAACAGAAAGGAUUUUAUCGGGGCUAUAUUAAUGACGCAAGGCUCCAGUGUACUGGAAUACGACACGAAAGAAUUUAAGCAGAUUACUAUUUUGUUGGAACAACGAGAUUUCCACUUCUUAGUAUAUUUCCACCUUCCUGCAAAAUUUCCAAAAGAAAAACCGCAUAUUACAUUGCAGUCGAUAUAUCAUUUGACACCGCAAGGAGCUUUGUAUGAAGAAAUACUAGAUGAAAUACCAUAUAGCUGCAGGUGGUCAAUGCCUCAUAUGGUUAAGACCUUUUUGGCGCACAUCAUGGAAAAAGUGGUUCACAAGUUUCAGAAAAAUUCUAUCAAAAUCAAUCGUUAUCAAUAAUUUCUAUUUUGAAAGUGUAUUUUUAUUACAAAAUGUAUAUUUAAUAGUUGAUCAAAACAAAGAUUAUAUUUGGUUCUAAUACAAUAAAUGAUCAUUGUGAUUGCAUUAGUUUUA